AUGACAGAAGAGGAAGAAGAGGGGGUGGAGUUCACAAAGGCGCAUGUGGCGUCUCUCAUCGCCUCCCGCGAUAUUGAUGGUUUGACGUCAUUUCUGCAACGUUUACCGCCCGGCCCAACACUACAGUCACUCGCGGCCUUCGCAAUGCGAGGAGAACUGCCAGCACAGAGUGAUGAAGCCUCUUUAGUGUUGCUCACAAAAUUACUUAACAGUGCAAUGCAAACAAACAGCUACGCGACGGUGGAGACAGAGUGUAUGCGAGGACUCGCACUGUAUAAGUCGCUCGCCAUGAAACCAGAGGCAAAUGUUGUAGUGAACGAGUUUCUUCAUGCCUUUGCUACACUACUUGCGGCACGACAGCGCUUCACAGAGUCCUCGCAACGAUUUUAUGAUUUAUACAUGCGAACCAAAGGUCUUUCUCACCUUCGUAAAGCCAUAGUGUGUGCCAUUCAGGCAGAUGCAACUGUAACACGUUCGCGACUCUUGGGAUUAUUUUACAAGGAUGAGAAUGCGGUAUUACUUGGGGAGUUGUACACGAUUUUGGGUCGUGCACAUAAUUUUCACGUACUGCGACAGAGUGAUCUACAACGAUUUCUCCCAUAUGUGGAACCUUCACCCACUGCUGUUGCCGCAGUCACACGAGCCUUUGUUCAGCAUAACCUACAAGCUGUUUCUCGUGUUUAUUACAAUAUUGGUUUCGCAGAACUUGGAUUACUUCUUGGUAUUACUGCAACAGAGGCAGAGAGACUUGUAGCUCAAAUGGUGACGGAGCGUCGCUUAGAUGCGCGCCUCGAUCAGACCACAGAGACUGUUAUCUUUGCUCAGUCAGAUAAUGCAUCUGUUAUGGCAGCAUGGGAUGCAAAGACUACUUCAAUAUGUGAGGAAUUAGCCCAUGUAGCGGAUCUUAUCGUCAGUCGUCACCCUGAAUUCAAUGAUUACCUCUUGCUUAAAUGA